AUGAUUUUCAAGAGAUUCAAUUCCAACUCUGCUGCUGGCAUCUUGAAGAAAACAGCACUUCAUGAUCUUCAUGUGAAAGCCGGUGGAACCAUGGUUCCCUACGCUGGCUACUCUAUGCCGGUGAAAUACUCGCAUCAAACCCAUAUCGAAUCGCACAAUUGGACCCGUAAACACGCCGGACUUUUCGAUGUUUCGCACAUGCUGCAGAGUACCUUGAAAGGCUCAGAAGCUAUAGGCUUUUUGCACAAAAUCACACCAACAGAUUUCCAAAACUUGCCUAUUGGACAGGGCACGCUUUCUGUGCUUCUAAAUGCAAAGGGCGGUGUUGUAGAUGACACUCUGAUCACGAAGGUGGGCGAAAACGAAUUCUCGAUCGUAACCAAUGCAGGAUGUAUUGAACAGGAUGUGGCUUUUUUGAAGUCUCAAAUCGAAGGUUUUGACUGCAAGUGGGAGCCUGUUCAAGACAGAGCGCUUCUGGCAUUGCAGGGUCCCCAGGCGAAAGACGUGCUGGGGUCCAUUGUGACCGGCGGUCCAGACUCGCUCGCGGAUCUCUUUUUCGGACAGCGCAGAAAAUACACCGUUCCCGCAGGCUUUGAUAUAGACGUGGCACGUUCUGGGUACACUGGCGAAGACGGAUUUGAAAUUUCCGUUUCCAACGCCAACGCUCUUGAGCUAGCCACACAGCUGUUGUCAAACCAGACAGUGCAACCUAUCGGGUUGGCCGCCAGAGACAGUUUGCGGCUGGAAGCCGGUAUGUGUCUGUAUGGUCACGAACUGGACGAGAAGACCACGCCCGUGGAGGCCUCGCUCACUUGGCUGGUAUCCAAGAGCCGUAGGGACGGAUCUCUGGGCCCCAAAUUCAACGGGUUCGACCACAUCAUGGACCAGAUCAACAACAAGUCUGCCACCAAGGCCCGUGUGGGUUUCAAGUAUACCGGUCGGGGUCCUGCAGCUCGCCAGGGUGCUCAAAUUUUCGCUGCUGACGGCGAAAAGCUGGUCGGCGUCGUUUCCUCGGGCAGUGCUUCUCCCUCCUUGGCCGGAGUCAACAUUGGUCAGGCCUACGUGGAAAAAGCCUAUCGGAAGGCUGGCACUCCUCUUCAGGUGAGCGUUCGUGGUAAAAAAUUCCCCAUUGAGAUUGCACGCAUGCCACUCGUGUCCAGUCACUUCUAUAAACCAGAGUAA